AUGUCGGACGAAAUACAGAAAUCUGUUGCAGAGGAAGAAUCUCCGAUGGAGAAGAUUGCUGAGAAGAUCCACGAUCACGAUUCCUCGUCUUCUGAAUCCGAGCACGAGAAACCGGAGUCACCUUCGGCUUUGAAGGCGAAGAUAUACCGUUUGUUUGGGAGAGAAAAGCCUGUUCACAAGGUCCUCGGUGGUGGAUUGCCUGCUGAUGUGUUCUUGUGGAGGGACAAAAAGCUCUCAGCCGCUGUUCUUGGCGUAGCGACAGCGAUUUGGGUGCUGUUUGAGCUGGUGGAGUAUCAUUUGUUGAGUCUCGUGUGUCACAUUUUGAUAUUCUCACUCGCAGCCCUGUUUUUAAUGUCCAAUGCUCAUGGCGUUUUGAACAAGCCUGCACCUAAAAUUCCUGACAUCCAUAUUAAAGAGGAACAUUUUAUUUUGAUUGUCUCUGCACUGAGAAACGAGAUGAACCAAGCCUUCGUUAUCUUAAGGAGCAUUGCGUUAGGAAGGGACUUGAAGAAGUUUCUGAUGGUGGUUGUUGGUUUGUGGAUCAUCUCGGUUGUGGGAAACUGGUUCAACUUCUUGACUCUCGUUUACAUCUGUUUUGUGUUGUUGCAUACUGUACCAAUGCUGUAUGAGAAACAUGAGGACAAGGUAGAUCCAGUGGCAGAGAAGACACUGAAGGAGCUGAGGAAACAUUACAUGGUGUUUGAUGAGAAGGUUCUUUCUAAGAUUCCAGUUGCUUCUCUCAAGGCAAAAUUGGGUUAG